ACCCGCUGGACCCCUAAACCUGUCGGCCCGGUUCUUAAUCACCAUCUCGGCUACAAGACGGUAAAACAAUUUCAUUAAAAGGAGCACCGCGAGACAAGCUUACCAAAGUGUAUAUCAAAGACAUGCAUAGUUGAAGCUACAGGCAGUAUACAUCGUGUUUAAUAUAGCGCCUCAUUGCCGUGUUGAAUUAGUACCAAUAGGCUGAGGGCUUAUUACAUGUCAGGUGCAGACGGUGUCACUACUAUGGCCCCAUCGACAUUGGGAUAUUGGAGAAUCCGGGGGUUGGCCCAACCCAUCAGAUUGCUGUUACAAUACGUGGGAGAGGAUUAUGAGGAAAAACUUUACGAUUUUGGACCAGAACCUUCAUAUGACCGUGAGAUAUGGUAUCUUCACAAACACAGCCUAGGACUGGCUUUUCCUAACCUACCUUAUUACUUGGAUGGUGACGUCAAGCUGACCCAAAGCAGCGCCAUCUUGCGAUACAUAGGACGAAAAUAUGGACUGUGUGGCAAAACGGAACAAGAAAAGACACGUGUUGAUCUCAUUCAAGCCCAGGCUACGGACUUUAAGAUGGGGUACGCCAGGCUGGUUUAUGCCGAGAGCAAGGAGGAAUUCGAGGAUUUAAAGAUUGGAUACUUGGCUGUGCUUCCAACAAAACUGGAGGAGUUUUCCGAGUUUCUGGGCGAUCUUCCCUGGUUUGCCGGAAACGAGAUAUCAAUUGCGGACUUUCUGAUGUAUGAGUACCUUGAAGAGCACCUGAUCCUGCAGUCCGAGUGCUUAGACAAGUACAAAAAUUUAGCAGAAUUUGUGAAGAGAUUUGAAAGUUUGGAUCGCAUCCAAGAAUACCAGAAGUCAAAGGAUUUUAUAAACUGGCCAAUAAACACGCCCGUGGCCCAACACGGCACUAUAGCAGACCCAGAACCUCCUUUACCAGAGCCAGUGACGGUCACAACAACAGAGGACGAGGGUUCAGUCGCUCAGGGCGAAGAGAGCAAAGAUCGCGGACCAAGCACACUGCAACAAGCUACUGAAUGAAAUGCGGU